AUGGCUUGGUUUGCCAACUGGCACACCGAUUGCACGGUCGCCAAUAUUUCCUGGACUGGUUUCGACAGAAUGGCUUACUUCGGAGCUAUUAGUGCCUCUGCUGAUGAGUCACCUCCGGAUACUGCCAAAUUUCUGUCUACGCUCCAGCAGCAGUUACCGGAUGUAUCUCUCUCUGCUGCUACCCCCGUCAGUCCAUCGAACGACACCACUGGGGUCCCUUCGACUAACCUGACCAGCGAUCUUGGAUUACAUUGGGUUCAUGGUGUGCCCAGCUACGAACACAGCUACUCCAUCAGCUCUUCUGCAGCUAUCCAGAGAGACACGUUGGCCUCAUACCCCAGCUUUAACACCAACAACUUCGUCUUUGGUAAUAGCUGGGGUGCUGCCAGUCCAAAUGCUUGCGGUAUCAACCAACCUGCGUCUGGCGACUUCAACUUCUGGGGCCUCAUCGCUGGUAGUUUCUUGAAUGAGGACGGCAGUGUCGCCUCCGGAAUGACUGGCUGCUGCAGUCAGACGGUGCCGCGGCGUGUGAUUCGUCUUCGUCAUGGUAAUCUACGACAACGCCCUCUCUGUGGGAGAUGGGUAGCGGCUAUAACAUUCUCUCGAACACCAUCAAUGUGCAUGACGCUCCCCAAGUGGGGUCGCCAAAUCGAAGGAGAACACCAAAUCGGGAAUCAGCGGCGCUCAGCGGUUAUCCUGGCAAAACGCGCGCGCGGCGGACAUGUCAACACGUCGUUGUAA